UUGCGUGGUAUUGUGAGAUAUAGCCGGUUGUUUAACCGUUUUGACUUAAUUGGUGCAGGAAAAUCUAUUAAACUUAAAUAUUGCCCAUAGUAUAUAUCAUUAUCAUAUUCGUAUCAUAUAAUUAGACAUGAACAAUGCUGGAUGAGACAUAAAUAUUAAAAGAUCAUUUAAGUGUUGUUAACACUGUAUAAAAUAUUCUCCAUUUAGUGGAAAGAUACCAAAUUACAAUUUCAAAUAAACAACAAUAUAACCUACAAAAAGUGAGAGUAUUUAAAGAGCGAUGCGACUAUCACGGUUUUGCCAUGUUUUGAUUUCGCGGCAACGUUGCCUCAUCUGAUAUCCACACAACCAAAUCCACGCUGGCUAUGGGGCACUGACCAUGCCCAUAAUUGAAUUAGCAGUUCUGAUUGAUUGACUGUCCCACGAUGCAGCAGCAGAUGACCCAGAACACCAGAAGGGCUCUGAUUUGUGUAGUGCUCCUUCUGCUGGCCACCGACAUCAGCGGCCAGAAACAGUACUCCAAGGCAAGAAAGCUGGAGCUGAGGGAGGACGUGCGGCGGAUGUUCCAGCACGCAUACGAGGGCUACUUGCGUCACGCCUCGAACUACGACGAACUGCGUCCGCUAACCUGCGACGGCCAUGACACUUGGGGCAGCUACUCCCUGACCCUAAUUGACGCCUUAGACACGCUGGCUACUAUGGGCAACUUCACGGAGUUCCGCCGCGUUGCCCGUCUGCUUGAGGAGAAGAUGAACUUCGACCGGGACAUCAAUGUCUCCGUUUUCGAGACAAACAUACGCAUCGUUGGCGGCCUGCUGUCCGCCCAUCUACUCUCCAAGCGGGCUGGCGUCGAGGUGGAACUGGGUUGGCCCUGCAGAGGUCCUUUGCUGCGACUGGCGGAGGACAUGGCCCGCCGUUUGCUGCCCGCCUUCGACACGAACACGGGUAUGCCCUACGGCACCGUAAAUUUGCGCUACGGCGUGCCCAAGGGCGAAACCUCGGUAACCUGCACGGCGGGUGUAGGCACCUUUCUUAUCGAAUUUGGCACUCUAAGCCGGCUAACCGGGAACAGCAUUUACGAGGAGGUGGCCAUGCAGGCGAUACACGCCCUCUGGGCCUAUCGCUCGCAUAUCGGACUUUUUGGCAACCACAUCGAUGUGCAGAGCGGUCGCUGGACAGCCCUGGAUUCGGGAAUCGGAGCAGGAGUCGACUCCCUGUUUGAAUACCUUGUUAAGGCGUCCAUAUUGCUCAAUCGCCCGGAGCUACUGGAAUUGUUCCACGAGGCUCGCGCGGCCAUCGACAAGUACAUGCGAAAGGAGGACUGGUACGUGUGGGUGGGCAUGAACAAAGGCCACGUCACCCUGCCUGUUUUUCAGUCUCUGGAGGCAUUUUGGCCCGGCAUCCUCAGCAUAAUUGGGGAUACGGAGCCGGCACUGCGCACAAUAUCGAGGUAUAUUGGUGUCUGGAAGAAGUACGGCUUUCUACCUGAGUUCUAUAACAUCGCUGCAGGAGAAGCAUCUCCGAACCGGGAGGUGUAUCCCUUGCGACCGGAGCUAAUUGAGUCGGCCAUGUAUCUAUACCGGGCAACGGGGAACGAGUACCUGUUGGAGCUCGGUGAGCACAUGCUCGAGACCCUUGAGUUCAGUGCCAAGACCAAGUGCGGCUAUGCAACGAUCCGCAAUGUGGUCACCCACGAAAAGGAGAAUCGUAUGGAGUCGUUCUUCCUGGCAGAAACAAGCAAAUACUUGUAUCUCCUGUUCGACGAGAACAACUUUCUGCACAACGAUGGCUCUGGAGGGGAACUUCUGUCCACCAAGGACGAUGUGUGCAUAGUGCAGGCAGGUGCAUACAUUUUCAACACGGAAGCACAUCCCAUGGACAUGUCGGCUCUUCACUGUUGCCACGCCCAUAAGGAAGACAUAUACGCGUCCCUGGACUUACAGCGAUUCAGUGCACGGGCGAUCUUCGAAAGAACCAGGGAGCGUCAGGUUGCGGUGCAGGAACAGUGGGUGCCGCAGUGUCACUUGGAAAACUACGAAUACUAUUUCAAGGAACCUGAGAAUGUGCAGGCACACGAUUCGAGGAAGGAGCAGGGACGCGAGCAAUCCGGCGCCACCACAACCAUGGCCGUGGACAUCGAGGUGUUUGAUGAGUUUCAGCAGCCUGCCGGCGAUCUGCUGGUAAGCAACUUUGAGCGGAUUCGCGAAGAGCGUGAGCUCAAUGAGAGCCUGCAGAGGAGCGAGGUGCCACGCAACCAGUUGACCGUCAGUGAUCUGGAUGAGUUCUUUGCCCAGCGGCGGGAGAGCUUCGGCAGCGCCUCUGAGGCCCUCCACUAUGUGCUGGCCUUCAUGGGUAACUACACAAUGGACGUGGCCUUCAUCCGGGGUCUGCAGCUGUACGAUGUCAACAUCAGCACUGUCCUCGGCACAAGUGCCCAAAAAGAGUACGAGUCACGGAUGAGAUCGCUCUGGCAGCUGUACGAGCUGGAGCAACAAUUCCAGGCCAACAUCCUCCUGAUCCAGGGACUUGGCUUGCUCACUCUUCAGGGCGACAGCGAGCAGAUGCGCAAUUACUUGGCAGAGGUGUUGGACAACCUGGACAGACCGGCCCACUUGGAGGAGCUGGAUCCGCAAGAUAUUCAACCGAAAGUGGUCAACGCCUCCACAACCCAGUUGGCCAUUAUUAGAGAAGUGAUUCUCAAAGCACGUAACGCUUAUGCCAAAGCCCUGGUCAAUACCACGGCCAUGCAAGAGUUCGCCAUCCGGAUCUACCUCAGUGGCACCGCGGAGGCCGGCGUUCGCGUUCGCCCGCUGCUGGAGCUGGCCGAGCUGAGCCAGGAGGAGCGAAUGAGGCCACUAAAGCUGGCGGAGGAGCGGACGCUCUUUAGCUACACCCGGCGAAUCGUGGACUUCCGGAAACGAAUGGCGGAGACAGUUGACCGGCUGCAGACGCUUAUGCAGGACAUUCCGCUGGCCAAGAGCAAAGAUUCUGCCACUGAAGAAGCCCAAGCUGCCAAAACAGAUGCGUCCACUGUCUACGCUGAAAGCGAAGCAAAGGCGGCGGCGAAGACAAAUCAGCAGGAACAGAAGCAGGAACCGAACCAGCCAUCAAAGGAGAAGCUAGCGGAUGAGGGCUCGGGAUCAGGCUCAGGGCCAGAGGAGUCUGGAUCCGUGUGGUCACAGUUCGUGCAAACAAUCUUGCGGAAGACCACCGUGCAGCGGGUCAAGUUCGACGAGGCCGUGCUGCUAGAGAAGACGCGCAAGGCGCUGGAGAAGCACGCCCACAAGGAGCUGCCCCACCACCUGUUCGCCUGCCACCGCCCAGAGUUCAUUGAAAACUUCGCAUAUCGAGACUUCUACCCGGAGGCGUUGUAGUCUUGCAACCACCUGGACAACUAAACACGACUGAUCUGUAGAUAUGUAUUUAGUUAGUUGUGGGGUAUUCGCUCUGGCGGCUGGGCUACCUUGUAAAUAAUUCGCAUCCUCAGGCAAUCGGGGUUUCAAUCAGCAGUGCUUGAAGCAUAAAUACCUCAACCUCGUAGGAGAACCGUCUUCUCAUAGUUCCCCAGAAGGUUACCGAUCAUUAUAGUUUUAGUGCUGGACAUAAUAAUUAGAAUUUUCUAUAUUUCGUGUUUAGACAUGCAUUUUUUAUAUAAUAAUAAUGUAUAAACCAUUUAGCCUAGGCCUAACUCAAUUUAUGUAUUAAACAGACAUAAAUUUACCGCACUUCUAAAAGAUGUAAAUUGGUUGUUUAGAUUGUUUUUAUAAAAUUUAAUUUUUACAAAAACAGACUGCCUUCAAGAAGUUAAAUUAAUGGAGUGGUUGAUGACAUUAAAUCAAUCUCUGUUAACCUAGUUCUUGGAUAUUUAACUAAUGAAAACUAGGAAUAGUUAUAUCCGCAAGGAUAACUGUAAAACUAUGUCACAGUGCGAAUACCCCUUCAGCUAGGACCGCCAUUGCCAGGCGGCGGAUCCACUUGCUUCGACAAUUAAUUUAUUAAUAUAUACUUAAAUCCCCAAUUUCUCGUGGUACUCCCAAGGCAUUACCAAGGCUUAUACCUAUUUAUAGCUAUAAUAAUCGUAUUUAGAUUCGUGUGUUUAAGUGUGCGUGUAAACCGUUUGCAGUGACUGUUGUUGGCUGUUUUGUAAUUAAAUUGAUUUAUUUCCGUA